UUGCGGGAAGGAUUUUCAGACUUAACAACAGUUUUAUGUCAAGAUCUUAAUUACGAUUUUUACUGGGCCGUUGAAGAACGCGAAUCUAUGGAAAAGGUUGUACACCAAAAAGUGGAUGUUGAAAGAAGUACAAAUACUCAUGGGAAGGUACAAGCAGUUGAAAGUUCUAUUUCGAGAACCAAUACGGUUAUCGAUGAAUGA